AUGGAACAGAGACAAAGAUUCUUUAUGGCUGCCUCCAUGGUACCGUUGAUCAUUCUGAAUCUUCAGGCCACCUUGUCUACUUCCUCCCCCUCAUAUAAUGUGGUAGACAAUUGCUGGAGAAGAGAUCCAAAUUGGGCACAAAACAGAAUGAAACUUGCAGAUUGUGGUGUGGGCUUCGGAAGUACAGCCAAGGGAGGCAAAGGAGGAGAGUUGUAUACAGUCACCAGCCCGGAUGACGAUGCCGUGGAUCCCCUGCCCGGGAGUCUCAGAUAUGGAGUUACUCGCAAUGGUCCUCUAUGGAUAGUUUUCGCUAGCGAUAUGAAGAUAAAGCUUGAGAUGCCCCUGUUCGUCGCCAGCCACAAGACUAUCGACGCAAGGGGCUCAAAUGUUCACAUCAGCAAUGGGCCUUGCAUACGCCUCCUCAAUGUCAGCAACAUUAUCAUCCACGGAUUAAACAUCCACGACUGCAAGCCAAGUGUAGCUGGCGACGUUCUCGUCUCACAAUCCAUAAUCCAUGAGAUGAUGGAUACACAAGAUGGAGAUGCAAUUUCAGUUGUUUCUUCACGAGACAUUUGGAUCGAUCAUAACUACCUCUCCAGUUGCGCAGACGGACUUGUAGAUGUCACGCUUGCUUCCACCACAGUUACCAUUUCUAACAACCGCUUCACUCACCAUGAUAAGGUAAUGCUUCUGGGACAUAGCGACGAUUAUACAGCUGAUCAAAACAUGAGAGUGACUGUUGCGUUCAACCACUUUGGACCUGGCUUAUUGGAGCGCAUGCCAAGGUGCCGACAUGGGUAUGCGCAUGUGGCCAACAAUAACUAUGAGGCGUGGGGUAUAUACGCCAUUGGAGGGAGUGCUAAGCCUAUGAUUAGAAGCGAAGGCAAUCGCUUUGUGGCCCCCAACGAGGAGUACAAGAAGCAGGUGACAUGGCGUGAGACCCCCCAAGGAAAGAGUUGGCUGUGGAAGUCUGUGAGGGACACAUUUUUGAACGGGGCAUACUUCGUCCCAUCUGGCAGAGGAAAAGCACUUCCCCUCUACCAGACAGGCCAGCAGUUUAAAGUUGCUGAUGGAAGAUCAGUACCCAUUUUGACCCAGAGUGCAGGAGUCCUAGCCUGCGCUCCCUCCCGGGCUUGUAUCUAA